AAGUAGACUGUCUCUUCCCAAAGACCGAGAGUGAGUCGCCCACACGAGCACUUCUUGUUACUGUUUCUCUCACAAAUGGGAAAUGUGAACACUAAUCCUUCCCAACAAGACCAACAACCUUUUUCCGCCACCGUGCCGGUGAACGGAGAUUUAACCGAUAACCCCAUGAUGACUCACUCUCCUCCCACAACCCCUAGAGCCACUCAUUCUCCACUCAUCUUCACUCCUCAAGUUCCUGUUGUUCCUUUACAAAGACCUGAUGAGAUGCAUUCAUGGACACAAACUACUUCUGGUCAUGAAGAUAUCUACACUCAACACACAAUUCCAACUCUGAUUACUUGGAGUUAUGGUGGUAAAGAUGUUUCUGUUGAAGGAUCUUGGGAUAAUUGGAAAUCAAGAACUCGGUUGCAGAGAUCAGGUAAAGACUUUACAAUAUUGAAGGUACUUCCUUCUGGUGUCUACCAGUAUAGAUUUGUUGUUGAUGGAAGAUGCUGUUACGCUCCGGAUUUGCCUUGGGCACAAGAUGAAGCUGGGAAUUCUUACAAUGAGUUGGACUUGCAGGAUUAUGUUCCUGAAGACAUUGGAAGCAUUUCUGGUUUUGAACCUCCUCAAUCACCAACCUCAAGUUAUGAUAAUUCACAACUUAGUUCUGAAGAUUAUGCAAAGGAGCCACCAUUAGUCCCUCCCCACUUUGCAACUACACUGCUAAAUAGGCGUACAACAAACACGGAAAUCCAACCUCCUAUGCCAAGACCUCAACAUGGAGUGCUCAAUCAUCUUUACAUGCAGAAAGAAAAGACUAGUAAUUCCGUGGUUGCCCUUGGUACAACGCAUCGUUAUCUGGCCAAAUAUGUCACUGUGGUGCUAUACAAGUCUUUGCAGAGGUAAAUCAUACACGAUCAAGAUCACUACAAUAAAGUCAAGAUUGUUCAACGGGCAUUUAUCAGAUAAUUUAGUUUCAAUUCUUACAUAUUUGAUGAUACUUUUGUCAAGAAAUUUUGAUUGAGUGAUCAAGAGGAUAAAAUAAUUCCCGCGUUCUUCUCAUCAUUUAUAGAUGGACAACAAUUUGGCUAUUAAGCUAUUUUGCAAUUCAUGUCCACCAUAUUUUCAUUUUCAUCUUUA